CCGCCGGCCCAGCUUCCUUCUUCCCCGCCGCCCCCCGCCCGCGGCCGGGCUCCCUUGGUGCAGAGAGAAAAGUUAGGGCCUCCCGCUAGAGUCUUCGCCCAGCAGGGCACUGGAGAGGGAGGUGCCUGCGACAAACCUUCGUCCUGAGGAUGCGUCUGGAAGUCUUGUCUUCACCCAGCCUCUCUCGAGCUCGAGCCUUCCGGUGCCAUCAGCAAGCAUCCAGUGACUGCAGGUAGGACAGAGAAGUUCUUGUUAACACCAUUCUAUAACUGGGGGACUUAAACUUGGCUGAACAGGAGGACCACACAGUCAGGACCCACAGUUGCCCAGUCCCCUCUGCCGCCGCCCUGUGACAAUGAGCGCCACAAGCUGGGCAGCGUACGCCUGGCGCCAGCCACCACUCCAUUUUUUUUCUCUCUCUCUCCAUCAAGAAAGCAUAUCAGAAUGCAAGUUGAGUGAGAAUUAACUUACUAUAGGUCAUCUGUAACUUUGACGCCCCUCUAAUGAGAAAAUGCAACCAGUCACAAUUUCCAGCACUUUCCUUAUGAUUUGUAUCAAAGGUCCCUGCCACACCUCACAAAUGAUGGGGCCAUACAGGUAUCGUGACACUGCAGCAGAAGUGUGAAAGCAGGCCAUGAGGACAGGAGACAGGAAGAACAGGAAGCUGUGGGCUUUGCCCAGGAGGCUGGGUCAGGGACGGCCAGGCUCCGGGCGCAGGGAGGGGCUCGCUUCAUUGCAUACAUGGUCUCUCCCGUCCUCAGACCACAGCUCAGAACACUUGAAACUGGAGUUCUUACUCCGAAAAACUUUCACGGUGAUUUUGCUCAUUAUCAAUUAAAAAAUUAUAUUUAUACAUGCACAUAUAUACACACAGCAGGAGAGAGACAGACAGAGAAAAAUGAUCUUGUGACCCAGCCACUUCUGGUGUGUAUGACAGUCUUCCCUGAGGAUCCUGUUUCAUGAAUAAGUGAAGGGAGGAAGCAGAUGAAAUCAGGUGAAAAUGAACAUCAGAAUCGUCUGAUCAAAGAGCCAAAGGAGCUUUCAAAGGGCAGAUGCCAGAGGGGCUCAGAAAGCAGAAGGAAGCAGGAAACCGGAAGAAGUCUCCAGGGCCUCGGAGAGGAGCGUGUUGCUCCUGACAGCAGGGGCUGGGGCGUCCUGAGAACUGACGCUGUCCUGAGAACCAGUGAGGCCACCUGGAAGGGGGGAGGCCCCUGCAGAGCCCGGCACCUCUACCCAGCACGACAGAGCCCACCAACCUAUCAGGGGUUUUCCUUCGAAAGCAGAUCUUCCCCCAUAAGGUGUAGCUGCUGUCCCGGGAACAGGGCACACGGCAACAACAGCAAUCACGCCCAUGGAAAGAAACACAGAAAUGCCUGGGCUUGCCGGGAAUCACUCUGCCUCUGUGUCACCCCAGCCGUUUUAGGCAGCAGGAUAAACAUCCCCUUGUACUCCACGUUCUCUGGGAGAUGUCUUUUUCCCAAAUCCCCCAGAGCUGGAGGCCAGAGUUCUUCACGGUUUGUUCCCUCCCAUGGUCUUGGGGCUGCUUCUACGAGUCCACCCCUAAGAGGCCCCUGGAGCACUUCCUGCUGGCAGAGGUUGGGGGUGUGUCCAGACUCCCUGGAGACACUGAGGCACAGGGCGGGCUGCCCGCAGGUCAGCAAAGCCAGGGCACCUGCAGAGAGCCCCAGAGGGCCACGUGGAGGGUGCACAGAGACCAAACUCCACAGGACCAGCCAGAGGCUCGCAAUGGGAGGUGACAGCUGCUUCCCAGGAUGGAUCUUCCUCCGUUCAACCCACCACUUUCCCCACAGACCACCAUCUCAUGCCCAUAAAUGGGGGGAAAAAGCAGAGUUGCCGCAGGGAAUGGAAGAAAGUUAUUUCAUGUAUUCCUUUCAAGUUGUGUCGCCAGGGACUGCUAGGGUCCCGAGUGCCCUUCACUUUCCCAUUCCUAGAUGUGAGAGCCGGAGGCAACUUGCAAGGGCAGCCAGCCUGGGCCUCGCAAGGCACAGGACAAGCCUACCUACGUGCUCCUGGCACACGGCGUGCGACGGCUGGGGAAGGCGUGGAACAGCUCUAUGCUAUCCUUUGUUUUUAUAAAAUAUUAUUGUCCUAACCUGUAUUGAAAUAAUUAACUAUAACAUCAAACCCAUGAUUUUAUUGACAUUUUCAUCUCAGAUAAGGCUAAAAUAACUUUGCACUGGAAAAGCCAUUCAAUUUAAAUAAGAUUAUUCAGAAAAUACUGAUACAGAUUGCAUAAAAAUGCAGCAAUAAAACAUGAAUGCCUAACGUUUUGAGAACACUUAUCUCACCGAAGCCUCUCAUUUAUAAACGAGAAACCUGAGGCUCAGAAAGGUCCAGAGGCUUGCCUGAAAUUUUACAGGCUUUUGAAAAAAAAAAAGGACUGUAAUCAGAGCAUCCUGACUUCAAAUUUAGUGAUUUUAUGACAACAUCAGGCUCUCGCCAGCCUGCUGUCGUCACUGCAGAGAGGAGGACACAGUCUGUGCGAGCACAGCUGGGUUUCAGCCCGUGUCACUCUGCAGCGGAAGCCAGCUGUGAGCAGAGCCCUGGCUGGGGCCUGUUGGUGCUGCCCCAUGCCAACCCCAGGUGGAGUCCAGCGAGGGUGAUCCUGCCCUGGACAGGCUGAGGACGGAAAUGCUGAGGCCACUUGCAUCCUCGAGUGGUGCGCAGAGUGGGGCUGGACAGACACAGCCACCUGAAAGCUCGGGAUGGUGACUUGGAUGUACACGUUCCAUGACAUUUAGGGAACAAAAAGAGAAUAACAGAGGGUUAACAUCACUCCUAGCAUGCAGAGCCCUUCUCAGUUUGCUCUGUGUGACAGCUCACUUCACUUUGUAAGAAUAUGUCUGAAAGCCCACAAAUGCCAAAACCUGACAUAUUCACUCUUAGAAAUCCCAAGUGCAUGCACAUCUCAGGCCAAAAGCCUUCCAUCUUCUUCCUCAGACAGAAUAGUGGACUGCAGGAAAUGAACUGUGAAUCCUUUAAUAAGCAUCUGGUGUGUCUGAUCUCCCUCACAGACCUCCCAUACAGCUAUGUCUUCCUCCUGCUACUGGGGAGCAGAACUCACAGCUCAGGCACCCUAAGCAGUCACGCUAACCCUAAGUGCUGAGAUCGGGAGCCAGAGCCCAGCAGGUCCCAGGCGCUGUCCAGGGAAGCGCCUGCUGCUGUCAGCCAUAGAACACAUUAAUAAACCGACAUCUGGUUCAUCCCGAGUUAGAAGGCUACUUGACUCAUCUGUUGCUAUUCAUGGAUGUCAGCAGCAGCGACAGAGGUAUCAGAAGAGGGGACUCCUAAGUAGCAAGGCAGCAGCAAGGAGCACCUGCCCUCCCCAGAUUCAUCAUGGCGGCCCCUGCGCAACCUCAGGGAGGGCCACUGACAUCAGCCUCUCACGCAGAGGAUGCAUUUAAUGACCUGUAGCAGAUACU